CCUCUCCUUAGCUCCUCCUCCGCCUCCUCUUUCAGCCGUCAACCUAUCUCUCUAUUACGGUGCCUGUUGCAGUGUUCUCGCCUUCCCCUUUUCGCUCUGUCUCCGUGGAGGUGAAUGUGAUCGUGGAUAGGAAAGUCAGAUUCUAGUCUUGCUAGUUGCACAGAUACAGGUGCGACCCUUUCUAAUAAAGUUAAUUUCUCCGGGAAUUAGACGAGACCACGACCUCAGUAUGGGAAAUGAAGCCAGCUACCCUCUGGAGAUGUGUACUCAUUUUGACCCAGAUGAGAUCAAGCGGCUGGGGAAACGUUUCAAGAAGCUGGACCUGGACAACUCUGGCUCCCUGAGUGUGGAAGAGUUCAUGUCCUUACCUGAGCUCCAGCAGAACCCGCUGGUCCAGAGGGUCAUCGAGAUAUUUGACACUGACGGCAACGGGGAGGUGGACUUCAAAGAAUUCAUCGAAGGGGUCUCCCAGUUCAGCGUGAAGGGGGACAAGGAGCAGAAGUUACGCUUCGCCUUCAGGAUCUACGACAUGGACAAGGACGGCUACAUCUCCAACGGGGAGCUGUUCCAGGUGCUGAAGAUGAUGGUGGGCAACAACCUGAAGGACACGCAGCUGCAGCAGAUCGUGGACAAGACCAUCAUCAACGCCGACAAGGACGGAGACGGACGCAUCUCCUUCAGAGAGUUUUGCUCCGUGGUCGGAGGUCUGGACAUCCACAAGAAGAUGGUGGUGGACGUGUGAUGGAGCUGCCUGCAUCUACAUCACCAUCACCACUUCCUGUUUGGAAGUCAUUCCAGUACCACCCAGGUGGUUACUGCAAGGGGAGGGGCUUAUCACAUGUCUGUUUACACUGCGGGGGGUGGGGGGGCUGGAGAUAGUUUUCUAUAUAUACGUGUGCGUGCGUGUGUGUGUGCGUGUGCGUGUGUGUGUGUGUUUAUUUUUUUUCACACACAUAUUUCUGUAAGUGUUUACUUUAGGGACGUGUAAACUGGUGUAUAUUUAUUGUAAAGUAUAUUUUCUGGGACUUGAGGAGGCUGCUGUGACGUGUCAUUAUGUACUUGAUCUGAACGCACAGCAACCGCUGGCACCAAGCUAACUGGUAUAAAGCUGCUAGCACCAAGCUAACGGCUAUAUAGCUGCUGGCACUGGACAAGAUGCUAUACAGCUGCUGGCCCUAGGCUUACUGCUAUAUAGCUGCCAGCAGCGGCUAAGCUGCGAGCACCACGCAUAUGGCUAGCUGCUAGCAUCUAGCUUGAUUCUAGCACUUGCUAGAGCUACCAACAACAGGCUACUGUUUCUAUCACUGCUCUGUCUAAUGUACCAAUCAUUCUAUCUUGCUGAUUAAUCAAUGAGUUGCUAAUCAACAUGUAUAUCUGAUACAUUUGUCAAUCAGUUACAAAACAACAUAUCUAGCUUCUACAUUCAUCUGCUUUAAUAUCUGGGUAAGAAGUAGCUAGUGUGUUGCUUGGUAAAAAGUGCUUCUUGGCAGCAGCUGGCAUGCUAAUUGUUUAGCAGCAGCUGGCAUGCUAUUUGUUUAGCAGCAGCUACCAUGCUUUAUGUUUAGCAGCAGCUAGCAUGCAACUUGGUUAACAGCAGUUAGCAUGUUGCUUGGCUAGGCAGCAACGAGCAUGCUACUCGGCUAGGUAGCAACAGCAAAGCCCAUUUCAAUUUGGAACUUGGCUCAUUUGGUUUUUCCUCACCUACCAGAUAAAUAUGAAUCUAGGCGUGCUUUUGUAUUUUUCUACAUGUUUAGAAGUAAGUACUCAUUCAGAAUGCAGAGGUGGAACUAUUGUCCAUGUGUUACUUGAUAGAAGGCAAAGUUAUUGAUUAGAAGAUGUGGUGAUUUAGGUAAGCAUUUGAACAGAUCAGAAGGCAAUUUCUGCCUGCACAAAUUUAACCCUGAAAUUAAACAUUAUUCCCCAGAUGGUUUGUGAUCAAGUGUUCACGCAAACUUUACAAAAUAUUACAACAGACGUCCAGUUGACAGUUCUUACUCUUUAAGUUGUUCACACAUCGAUAAGGGUUCCAAUACAAACCAUAACAACACCUACAAUAUGUUUUGUGUAUGUUGCCAAACAGAAGUGAAUGUUUAAACGUGUAAAUAGGUAAAAAAUAAAUAAAAAUAAACAUGCUCCAGGUGUACUGCUUUUGUGUCGAUAUGUUGCCAUGACGACAGCAAUGCUUCCGCACUUAUUAGGUCGAU